AGCAGAUGUGAUGCAAAUAAAGCUAGAUUUUCUGCAACUACCACUGCUUUGACAAAGAAUGAUCCUUCAAUUUCUACCACAUUAUGUGAUAUAUAUAAUGUUCAUAAGAAGGUUUAUUUAGAAAAUUUACAAGGUAAAAUACCUAUUCAGACACUUGUAAAGGAACUUGAGGAUGGGCAGUUUAAAUAUAAUUACAAAUGUGAUAACCUUCCAUGUGCCCAUACUAUUCAAGAACGACUUGCUAAAAAUCAAAUAUUAGACCUUGACAAUAUUUAUCAACACUGGCAUAUUGAACAUUCUCAAUUACUUUUGCCAAAUAGGCUCAAAACUGGGAAACAUUCAUUACAACAAUUAUUGCAAGAAUUUAGUCAUGAAUAUGCUUCUUGGUCAGCUCCUCAACAAGCUACUACUUAA